AACAAACGACAACGCGUUUUGGUCAAUGAAUAAAAUCAAAUCCCUUGUCUUCCCCAAUGCGAAAAAGUCUGUUAUUGCGUUUUUGUUUUAGGGUUUUGCGUUUUCAUCUCGUUGUCCUACAUCUUUUCCGAAUCGCGAUCUUGUUUGGUUCCCGAGAAAAUCAGUGAAGUACGUUUCUAAUCUACAGGGUAAACAGUGAGAAAUUGCGGGUUUUGAAUUGAAAUUUCAAUUUUGUGUCCGCCCAAUACCCUAGAUUUGCUUUCCAAAGAAUAUCAAUUUCGAGGGUUUUCUUGAAAAUUGAUCCAUCAAAGGGCAUGAGUACGCUUGAUGUGACCAUGGAAGAUGGCGGCGGUGCCCAACCGAAAUCUCGAUGGAAGCAAAUGGGGCAUGGGGAGAAGGAGGCGUCCGUGCACGAAGAAAUGAAGAGAAUGCAGAAGUUGCCUGCAAACAGCACUUACGUCACUCACCGCUUGCGGGUUCUCAACAAAAUUCUCCAGCUUUUGUCCAUUCAGAGAACCGCAUCACAAGAACAGGAGUUGGAGUUGCUUUUCGCCGGGCUGUCUAUGUGAACUCAAUCUUUCAUGAAUCUCAAAUCAUGAAUAUAUUAUAUCUGUGUUUAUAAGAAGACAUGAGUUCAGGUCCUUUCCGUCACACACUGAAGAUUGUACGUUUUUGGCACGCUAAUACUCUUGACAUGGUGGCAGUGUAUGAUAGUGAUACUGGAGAUUAUAUCAUCAGGUUGGCAUUUCCAUUUCCCAUUCUUUUGGAGUUAAUUACUUGGAGAAAUCUUUGGUUUCAUGUGGAUGCAAUUCUCGGAGAGCAGAAUCGGCGCGAUGAACUUUGGACAUCGUUUCUUGACGUCCCCGAUUUUUGUAACAUCAUCGUCAUUUUUUCUGUGAUUCUCGUAAUAUUCAUCUUGUUACUUUAUCCAUUGAGACUAUUCAUCAAGGAGGUGAUGAGAAAGAAUUUAAAUUC